AUGACCUCGUCUGCAAUGUCAACCGGUUCCCAGCUCAACCAGGCUGAUGAUCCCUACAUCUCAUGGCCUCUCCAACGACCCACGACAGACCAUGGGGAACCAGGCUGGUAUCCACCUAAACCAGUAGGAAAUAGCACAGCGACAACCAGGAGUAAUCUAUUACCGACCGUCGACCCUUCCAACUACCCGGGAGGGAAAAAGUCGCUGUCAGGGAUCUCCAUCCGAGCUUUUCUCCUAGGAACAACGCUCGGAGUUUCAGUGUGUCUCGUCUUCUUCACCAGCUUCUACACCCCUCUAUGGCGGGUUCCUUUUUUCCUAGCAGCGCUCUGUCUGUUCCACUUCCUCGAGUUCUACGUGACGGCUAGAUACAACACCGUGCAUGCGUCGGUAUCUGCCUAUCUCCUUACCUCCAACGGAUGGCCGUACAAUGUCGCCAAUAUCAGUGCCCUUGUGGAAUGUAUUCUCGCCCAUCUUCUCCAUCCGCAGAGCUAUCUUCCGUGGACGUGGACCGCUCCUGUCCCCGGUGUCAACCUGCUGGUCGUGUUUGGGUUGCUUCUAGUUGCGCUGGGUCAGACCGUGAGGACUCUAGCUAUGGCCCAGGCUGGUAGUAACUUCAACCAUACCGUCCAGGUUGAGCGAAAGGAGGGCCACACGCUCGUCUCCACAGGGAUUUAUGCCAUCUUUCGACAUCCCAGCUACUUCGGCUUCUUCUGGUGGGCGUUGGGGGAGGAGAAAUUCUUGGUAGCUUUCUUCGGUGACGAAUAUGUCAACUACAGGAAGCGUACUAUCGUAGGGAUUCCGGGAAUUCAUUAA